GCCGGAACCGUCUGGCGGGUUUUAUGGAGAUCGUACAACGCCAGAACUGCUGAUGGAGUACCCUGGUUACCACAUCGACGAACGGACCGCCGGCCGGUUUCUUCUAGUCUCUACCAGACUCCGGCCUGCCUGGCCGAAUAGUUAUAUAGGGGACUUUGGUCAAGUUAGGAAUAAAAGCCUAGUUGGAGUUCAUUGGCCUAGGAGAGAACUGACCGACCGUCGGAUAGACGGAUAGACUGCAAAAGACUGACUGAAAUCCCAUGGCAACUUGUUUAGCCAAAUUCUUCUCUUUCAUCAUCCAGCUGACACGUCUGAUUGGAGACUAGGUUUCUUCGGCGGCCUUCUGCCCGCCGAUCAAAAUUUGUGCUCAGAGACUUUCGGUUCGUCUGGCGCUACUCUCCACUGAGAGUUAAAUGAUAUCGGCGGGUACACUGUAUUGGGCCGCCGAAGAAACCGGUUGCCGGCCCGGGUAUCCGUCUGGUAGCCAGGGUACUGAUGAAUUGGCAUCAUCCAUUGCCACGGACCUGCUUGAUCCAGCUUCUGUCACGCGAUACGUUUCACCCACUGACGCUUAACCUUUCGUGCUUUGGAGUUUAACGACUGCACAGUUUUAUCCUUCUAUUUGAGAUCUUCUUAAAUCAUUUCGGACGUCUGUCUCAAAUUGUCAGCAACAGGUGAUAGCUCAACGGCUUAUCUGAGUCUUAGAUAUCGCCUUGAUAGUCUUCAUGAGGAUCGGGCGAAUGUCGACGUCUUGUAUGAAGCCAGCCACCCGCGGUAUCUAGGCGUCGCCAAAUAACUGUGUGAAAGGAUAGCACUCCGCCCCUGGAAGGUCAGCUACUGUCGUGCCCAAUGUUUAAUUUAAGCUCGCCGUGUUAUAUCUUAGCGGUGCAAUAGCUUAGGGCCACGUAGUAUAUUUGCCAACGCUGUAAACAUCUGAAUAACUGGGGAGACAUUCCGGUAUCUCUGGCUGACAGCCGCGGGUAGGACAGCAGUGAGGGGUACAGAGAAGUGUCGGGGCGCCGGCAGGAGCUGGUCACAAGGGGGAACAAUCAUGUAAAUCGCUCGCCUGGAAAGGACUGAUCGCUUGGCAGGCCGCGAGACCAAUAGAGAUCGGGGUAGCAAAUAAGUGGCGAGAGAUUCCUUGCAACCUCGUGCAUGUUGAGAACUGUCUCCGGCAUUUGUGAAGACUCGGAGACGUGAGGACUUUUUGGCUAGACAUUGCGGAGCUACCUGUGCCGUUUCUGUCGCGACUUGAGCCCGCUGUAGACCACGGGGAUGGCCGACUCGGACGCAGCUCGAGCGGCUGACCGCCUGAGGAAGGAGGAGUUCCAACAGCUCGAGCAGGCAUUCAAGAAGUUCGACAAGGACGGCAGCGGCUCCAUCGACUUCAAGGAGCUGGGAUUCCUCCUGCGGUCCCUCGGGCAGAACCCCACCAAGCCGGAGCUGCACAACAUCAGGAACCUGGCCGACGCGGACGGCAGCGGCUGCAUCGACCUGCAGGAGUUCGUGGGGCUGAUGUCGCACAGCGCGCGGGAGCAGGCCAUCGAGGCGCGGGAGACGCUCCGGCACGCGCUGAAGCUCUUCGACAAGGACGGGUCCGGCUACGUCAGCGCCACCGAGCUGCGGUACGUCAUGACCAACCUCGGGGACAAGAUGAGCGAGGAGGAGGUGGAGGAGCUGCUUUCCUUCGGCCACAUCGACUCCUCCAACCUCAUGAACUACGAGGAGUUCCUCGUGUCGCUGAUUCCGCUACCUCCAGAACCUGAGGAGGAAACCAACAAGAAAGGCAAGAGAUGAUGGCAGAAGAUGAAAAUAUUGUAUGAAGGUUUGACUGUAAGUCGAUCGCUGUUGUAUAUUUUUGAAACGUCUCGAUGUACGAAAUACGUUGAUCUUUGAAUUCAUGAAUGAAGAAAUGUCGGUACUAAAAAGUCGCGUACGCUUAAACUGACACCGACGACAAACUUGUUUGUUAAGCCAAUAUGUUUCAGGCCUGUGCAAAUUGAAUUCGAUGUUCUUCUUUACGGCUUGCAGACGUCGACUUUUGCUGUUAGCAAAACGCCUACAACAUUAUAUCUCCGGUAGCAGUCACAAAGUGAUGGUUUCAUGUCGAAAAUACAACUAAUAUAUGAUGCUGAACGCGCCAAAUGAUGUUCUAAUGAAAGGUUAAACUUUUGUAGAAGAUUUGAGAUACUACAGUUAUUUCACAUUCAACCGCUAGGAAGGUCUGUAUAGCCUGUCGAGACUGUGACAUACAGACUGCUUAUCGAAAUGCCAUAUUCGUCAGCUCUCUCAGCGCUUCUUCUGAGAAGACCAUUAAACCAAAGUAACUGUAUACGUUACACAGCAGAGUCCGCCUGUGCAGUAGCCUUUUCAGUACCAAGAAACAAUUAGAACGUGUAGAUAUGAAUUAUUGGAUGUAUAAAUGGCCUACUGUCAUGUAUAAAAUGUGUGAUUGCUAUCUGUAUGAUAACGGCUUCUAAUAUUGUUUAAAAUUCGAACGCAAGACACAUUUGAGUGAGCUUCACGUUCAAGGUAUAGGACGAAAUUCUAUAUAGUCUAUAUAUGUAUACAGAGCGAUGGACGUUGGAUACUCCAAAAUAUGUCAGCUCAUCCAGUUACAAUCGCAGUCGUCAACGCAAUGCUGAUAACGUACGUACUCCCAAGACCCUGUCAGGAUCAGUAGGACUUAACAUCGGACAUUCGCUAAGCAGCUGGGGUAUUGCGGCUGACGUUCGACAAUGAGGAACGGCGUUGCUGCCGUCGACUGGAUUCUGCUGGCCUGGAGGUGUAAACCGACACCAAGUUCUACUGGAUACGGGAGCAAGUGGAGACAUAUCAGUCUGUCAGCGGUGUCACCUUGGACCACUAAACGGACAGUUGUGGCUGCCCCGCCCGAUAUGGACAUCACAGGGUAACAGGAACCCGUCACCAGAUCUUGUUGUGUAGAUCUCAAUGGCCUUACAUUAAGACUGUAGACAUGUAUGUUGUGAAAGAUCUAUAUAGAUCUGAGGGGAACCUGAACGUUUGAUGUCGUACACCAAGUAGAUUUUCCAAUUUUCUGCAUUUCUCUCUUGGUGAAAAUAUCGACAUUCACAGAACGCUGAAGUAGGAAUAUAAUUCUUAUCUAAAAUGUACUUCAAAUGGCUUCAAUUGGCUCCUUGAUAACAGAUAAUGUAAAUAUUACAAAGAUAUUGUCAACAUAGAAUGGUAGUGCAGGUAUCGUUGUUCAGUGUCAUAUCCAUCGAGGAUAUGGUUGUUGCCGUCAAGUCGCUACAGCACACAGAAGUCUUGCAGCACAGAGUGUACACAUUGUCAACUAAACUGAUAAAAAGAUAAAUGGUGUUCUGUCUAGGUUCAUAAUGAUGUAUGAUUAGAAAACGAAUCUGAGUUACAGGCAAAAUACCUUUAGUCUUCAUAUAGUGAUAGCUCGGCCUGCGAAGCUUUGAUAAUAUAAUGAUACUUAA